AAUUUUUAGUUAAUUUUGAAGUAUUUUUUCUUGGGCGGUAAAAUGUCGGUGGUACCCACAACCAUUGCCCCAGAGGUGGAGGCCGCGGUGGCGGGCUUCAUGCUGACCCAGGCCCAGAUGACCGAGGUGGUCGAACGCAUGACCAAGGAGAUCAAGAUGGGCCUGGCCAGGGACACCCAUCCGCGGGCGGUCAUCAAGUGCUUCGUCAGCUACGUGCAAGACCUGCCUACGGGAAAGGAGCGCGGCAAGUACCUGGCUCUCGAUCUGGGCGGCUCCAACUUCCGUGUGCUCCUGGUCGACCUGAAGAGUAACACGGAUAUCGACAUUGUCUCGAAGAGCUUUGUAAUUGCAAGUAGCAUGCUAUCGGGCCCCGGCAAGGAUCUGUUCGACUUCAUUGCCAACUGCCUGGCCGAUUUCUGCAAGGAGCAACGCCUCCAGGGGGAAGCCAUUCCCCUAGGCUUCACCUUCUCGUUCCCCCUGCAGCAACAGGGCCUGACCAAGGGCAUCCUGGUCACCUGGACCAAGGGCUUUAGCUGUGAGGGAGUUGUGGGCAAGAAUGUGGUUGCCCUGCUUCAAGAGGCCAUUGAGCGGCGUGGUGACCUCAAGAUCAACAUAGUAGCUAUCCUCAACGACACCGUCGGCACCCUCAUGUCCUGUGCCUUCACGUCACGCAACUGCCGCAUAGGCCUCAUCGUCGGCACCGGCUCCAAUGCCUGCUACGUUGAAAAGACAGUGAAUGCGGAAUGCUUCGAGAACUACCAGACCAGUCCCAAGCCGCACAUGAUCAUCAACGCUGAGUGGGGAGCCUUCGGGGACAACGGCGUGCUGGAUUUUGUCCGCACCCCCUACGACCGCAUUGUGGACAAGGUGACGCCCAAUCCCGGCAAGCAGACCUUCGAGAAGUGCAUCUCUGGCAUGUACAUGGGCGAGCUGGUGCGUCUGGUACUGGUGGACCUCAUGGCUAAGGGGCUGAUCUUUGCCGGCGAAAGGUCUGAGAAAAUUCAGACGCAAUGGAAUUUCCAAACCAGCUACCUCUCAGACAUUGAGAGCGAUAGCCCGGGCGACUUUCGUAACUGCAGCAAGGUCAUCAGUCAGCUGGGACUCGUCGGCAACCACGUGAGGGACAAGCUACAUUUGCGGUACAUCUGCGAGGCGGUCUCUUCGCGCUCAGCAAAGCUCUGCUCCUGCGGCCUGGUCACCCUUAUCAAUAAGAUGAACAUCAACGACGUGUCCGUGGGCAUUGAUGGGAGUGUGUAUCGCUUUCAUCCCCGGUAUCACGAUUUGUUGAUGUUCCACAUGACCAAGUUGUUGAGGCCUGGCAUCAAAUUUGAGCUCCUGGAGUCCGACGACGGGUCAGGCAAGGGUGCGGCCUUGAUUGCAGCCACCGCUGUGCAGAACCAAGUCUCCAAGUAGUCAAUCAAAAUUGGGCCGUAUAAUGAAUAGUAAAAAUGAUAUUGUACUAAAAAUUCACAGUAAGGAAAGAGUAACAAAUUGAGCGAUAUAUUAAGUCAUACAAUUUACAUUAAAUAUAGAAUCUUAUCAUUAAA